UCCCGCAUCAACGAAGCGAUAGAUCUCUGUCGUUCCGCCAUUGAGACGUGUCCCGCAGACAGUGCUAUCCGAGUCGAGCUUCUCAAUAGCGCUGGGCACUCCCAUCGUAUGCGCUUCAUCUUCUUUCAAGACCAGGACGACCUCGAUCGAGCCGUAAUCCUCCAUGCCGAAGCCUUCGCCCUUGGGCGCGAUGGUGAUGAAGAAUUCCCAACGACAUUGAUGAAAUACGGUGUUGCCCUUCAGGUGCGAUUCGGUCGGGCCGGAUCCCCAGAGGAUAUACACCGAGCCGUUGAACUUCAACGGAGAGCCCUCCAGCUCCUGCCACCCGGUUCUCCGGACCGCCUAGGAUACCUGACAAAUCUUGCUCUCACGCUUUGUGAGCGAUUUACGGUCUUCGGCUCCUUGCCCGAUCUAGACGAAGCUAUCACGCUUCAAAGCAGCUGCGUGGAUGAAUCCGACCAGAAUCAUACUCGGCGUUCUACGUUCCUGGCCAACCUCGCUCGAUCACUCCGCAUAAGAUUCGACCAGUCUGCGAAUUCGGGAAACCUGAAAUAUAUCGAAGAAGCUAUAAGUAUUGGUCGCUGGUGCGUAGCUGCAAGCGGCCUUCCAGCUUCGCACCUACCUAUAGCGCUCAACAAUCUUGCUAUCGCACUCAACUCAAGGUACUGCCACCUUGGGAACGAGGAUGAUAUAGAUGAGGCCAUCGCACUGUGUAAACAAUCAUCGGCACUACAACACCCUGGAGAUCCCAGUCGUGAUAUUCCCCUCAAGAAUUUGGCGGAACAAUUCCUAGCGCGUUAUGAAUACUCCGAGGAUCCGCAGGACCUGCAGGCAGCUAUUGCGCUCCUCCGCGAGACCCUCAACCUGCGUCGAGAGGGACAUCCAUUGCGAAUGACUGCAUUGGAAUUGCUCGCGUCUCGUUUAAAAAGUUUACGCAUCGCGGAAUCGCUUCCUCUCGACGCCGCCUUAUUCGCCCUUAACUGUGGGAAGAUCCGGGAAGCAGUAGAGCUGCUUGAACAAGGCCGUGCUUUUUUCUGGAAACACCGCCUCCGAACACCAUGGGAGGAUACCGAUAGCAUACCCGAAGAGGAAUGCUACCAGUCCAGGUCAUUAAACGAUUCGUCAAUGAAGGGUCGCCUCGAGCAACAGGCAAUUCUGACGCGUUCUCGAGGCGAACGCCUCGAGGAGGUGAUCAAUGAAAUCCGCCGUAUUCCUCGUCUCUCUCGCUUUAUGCUAUCGGAGGAUUAUUCGGGUUUAUCUAUGGCUGCAGCGAGCGGUCCUGUGAUAAUCCUCCUACCGGAUCGAAACUCUUGCUACGCCAUCAUUAUCCGCGAAGGUGGUUUGGUGGUAUCAGAGAGGCUAUCCACGAUCACGGACGAGUGGUUGACGGAGGCUGGCGAUGCCUGGACGAGAACUAAACAAACACAGGUUCAAAUCCUUCACAAAUUAUGGAUUGGAGUGGCCAAGCCAGUGAUCGAAUUACUUGGGUUUUCUGUGAGACGCGCGCGUCCCAGAAUAUGGUGGUGCCCAGCGGGGAGGUUGUCGUUUCUUCCCAUCCACGCCGCGGGCGAUUAUACCAGGAAUGACGGUAUGACAUGCUCGAGCUACGUUGUCUCUUCUUAUACGCCGACCCUGAGUUCCCUACUUCAAGCAAGGAAAACUUACCAGCCAGUCAGGAAGUGUGAUUGUAAAGUAUUGCUUGCUGCAGUUCCUGAGCCACCAGCCAGCCAUGUCGGGGCAUACCUGCCGUUCACAGUCCAGGAGGUGGAGGCAGUGAGUUCCGCAAUACCUUCCGACAUGCUCAUACCAAUCAGCGGCGGGGAGAACGUUUCUCCAUCACAUGCGGCUGCGGAAGGUACCACCUCGACAGCCCUACUUGAGGAUCUUCCACAUGCAAAUAUACUCCACUUGGCGUGUCAUGGAGUCCAGAACGCGCAAAGCCCGCUUGAGAGUGGGUUUCUGAUGAGCGACGGCCUUCUAACCAUUUCGCGUCUCAUGCCCGUACCUUUACCCCGAGCCUUCCUUGCGUUUCUCAGCGCAUGCGAAACGGCAAAGGGAGAUAAAAGGCAGCCCGACCAGAUCGUGCAUUUAGCAGCUGCUAUGCUUUUUGCGGGUUUCAAAAGCGUCGUGGGCACAAUGUGGUCUGUUACUGAUGCGGAUGGACCCACUGUUGCCCAGAUCGUGUACGAUGAACUCAUUGGGGGUGACUCCGAGUUUCUGGAUCCCGACGAUAUACCAUACGCGUUGGAUACAGCUGCGCAACGGUUGAGGGGCAUGGGUCAGCCGCCAUCUCGAUGGGCACCCUACAUACAUCUUGGUAUUUAA